CGUAUCCACUUGGAAUCUGAGAGUCCACCGAGUUCAGCGAGAAUAAUCUUGCAACUCGACCAACGAAGAUGGCUGCACCCAUAACUUGAUGUAUUUGGUUCACGUUGGUCGUUUAAUGUAUAUUCUAAAUGCUCUUACCGAUUGAUUACAUUGCAUUUUGCUGUGUAAUAUAAUGUAAAGUUCUGUUGUUUGUUUCGAUCUGGUUUGCUAAAGAGGCUAAUGUAGCUAACAAUAACAAUGUCCGAGUCAGGUGGAGCAUUCGCUCCCACCGAAAACGCCCCUCGAGUGCGUGCUUUACUUACGUAACAGCGUGACGUCAGACCGUGCAGUGGAAGGAGCUGAAGUGCAGAAGUCGUGCGUCCGGGCUACCCUCAAUGUUUACAACUACUCGGGAGGGGGGCCUUAAAAGGACAUGAUACAAAACAACGUGUUUGAAAGAUGCUGAAAAUGGUUCUGCAAAAGUGAACAGUGAGAACAGCAAUGCAGCAAUGAACAGCAAUGCCAUUACCCGUCCCCUGACCCGGUACACAAAAACAGAAACCUCACAGGGCCUGAGCGUAGCUGGUAUGCGCCCAGUGCUCUGCUUCCCUGCCAACCAAUGCACUCAGAGGACCAGCAGACUUGAAAGACCAUAGUCAUGACAGACUCCAAAUAUUUUACCACCAACAAAAAAGGUGAAAUCUUCGAGCUGAAGGCCGAGUUGAACAAUGAGAAAAAGGAGAAGAGAAAGGAGGCAGUCAAGAAGGUCAUUGCUGCCAUGACGGUGGGGAAGGAUGUCAGCUCCUUGUUUCCAGACGUGGUGAACUGCAUGCAGACGGACAACCUGGAGCUGAAGAAGCUGGUGUACCUCUACCUGAUGAACUACGCCAAGAGCCAGCCCGACAUGGCCAUCAUGGCCGUCAACAGCUUCGUAAAGGACUGCGAGGACCCCAACCCUCUGAUCCGGGCCCUGGCCGUGCGCACCAUGGGCUGCAUCCGAGUGGACAAGAUCACAGAGUAUCUGUGCGAGCCGCUGAGGAAGUGUCUGAAGGACGAGGACCCCUACGUUAGGAAGACGGCGGCGGUGUGCGUGGCCAAGCUCCACGACAUCAACGCCCAGAUGGUGGAGGACCAGGGAUUCCUGGAUUCCCUGAGGGACCUCAUCGCCGACUCCAACCCCAUGGUCGUGGCCAAUGCAGUGGCGGCUCUGUCGGAGAUCAGCGAGUCCCACCCCAACAGCAACCUGCUGGACCUGAACCCCCAGAACAUCAACAAGCUGCUUACGGCCCUCAACGAGUGCACCGAGUGGGGCCAGAUCUUCAUCCUGGACUGCCUGUCCAACUACAACCCUAAGGAUGAGCGAGAGGCCCAGAGCAUCUGUGAGCGCGUCACCCCCCGGCUGUCCCACGCCAACUCGGCGGUGGUUCUGUCCGCCGUCAAGGUGCUGAUGAAGUUCCUGGAGCUGCUGCCCAAGGAGUCGGACUACUACAACACCCUGCUGAAGAAGCUCUCCCCCCCCCUGGUCACCCUGCUGUCCGGGGAGCCAGAGGUCCAGUACGUGGCCCUCAGGAACAUCAACCUCAUUGUCCAGAAAAGGCCUGAGAUCCUGAAGCAGGAGAUCAAGGUGUUCUUUGUGAAAUACAACGACCCCAUCUAUGUGAAGCUGGAGAAACUGGACAUCAUGAUUCGCUUGGCCUCCCAGGCCAACAUAGCCCAGGUGCUGGCUGAGCUGAAGGAGUACGCCACCGAGGUCGAUGUGGACUUUGUUCGCAAGGCCGUCAGGGCCAUCGGACGCUGCGCCAUCAAAGUCGAGCAAUCCGCGGAGCGCUGCGUCAGCACGCUGUUGGACCUCAUCCAGACCAAGGUCAACUAUGUGGUGCAGGAGGCCAUCGUGGUCAUUCGGGACAUCUUCCGCAAGUAUCCCAACAAGUAUGAGAGCAUCAUCGCCACGCUGUGUGAGAACCUGGACUCCCUGGACGAGCCCGACGCGCGCGCCGCCAUGAUCUGGAUCGUGGGCGAGUACGCCGAGCGCAUCGACAACGCCGACGAGCUGCUGGAGAGCUUCCUGGAGGGCUUCCACGACGAGAGCACGCAGGUCCAGCUCACUCUGCUGACCGCCAUCGUCAAGCUGUUCCUCAAGAAACCCUCUGAGACCCAGGAGCUGGUCCAGCAGGUCCUCAGCCUGGCCACGCAGGACUCUGACAACCCGGACCUGCGCGACAGGGGCUACAUCUACUGGCGCCUGCUGUCCACCGACCCAGUCACCGCCAAGGAGGUGGUGCUGUCCGAGAAGCCCCUGAUCUCGGAGGAGACGGACCUCAUCGAGCCCACCCUGCUGGACGAGCUCAUCUGCCACAUCGGCUCGCUGGCCUCCGUCUACCACAAGCCCCCCAACGCCUUCGUGGAGGGCAGCCACGGCAUCCACCGCAAGCACCUGCCCAUCCAGCACAGCAGCACGGAGACCGGGGAGAGCCCGGUGAGCAGUGGGCCCGCCCCGGCCAUGGACCAGACCAGCGUGAUCCCCAGCCAGGGGGAUCUGCUGGGGGACCUGCUCAACCUGGACCUGGGCCCCCCCGUCAACGUGCCCCAGGUGUCCUCCAUGCAGAUGGGGGCCGUGGACCUGUUGGGAGGAGGGCUGGACAGCCUGCUCGGGGGAGAUCUGGGCGGAGGUGUUGGGGGAAGUCCUGCUGUGGGGCAGAACUUCAUCCCGUCCUCGGUGCCCAACACGUUCGCCCCGUCGCCCACGCCCGCCGCCCUCAGCAGUGGCCUCAACGACCUGUUCGAGCUCUCCACCGGCAUGGCCAACACCACCGGGGGCUACGUCAUUCCCAAAUCCGUGUGGCUCCCAGCCGUCAAAGCCAAGGGUCUGGAGAUCUGCGGGACGUUCUCUCGACGCCAGGGACACAUGUACAUGGACAUGACCUUCACCAACAAGGCCCUGCAACACAUGUCGGACUUCGCCAUCCAGUUCAACAAGAACAGCUUCGGGAUGAUCCCCACCAGCCCCCUGCCCAUCCACACCCCCCUGAUGCCCAGCCAGACCAUCGAGGUGUCCCUGCCUCUCAACACCAUCGGGCCGGUCAUGAAGAUGGACCCUCUCAACAACCUACAGGUGGCCGUGAAGAACAACAUCGACGUGUUCUACUUCAGCGGGCUCAUCCCCCUCAACAUAUUCUUUGUGGAAGAUGGAAAAAUGGAGCGCCAGGUGUUCCUCGCCACAUGGAAGGAUCCCAACGAGAAUGAACUGCAGUACCAGAUUAAGGAGUGCCACCUUAAUGCAGACACGGUGUCGGGCAAACUGCAGAGCAACAACAUCUACACCAUCGCCAAGAGGAACGUGGAGGGCCAGGACAUGCUGUACCAGUCCCUCAAACUCACCAACGGCAUCUGGAUCCUGGCCGAGCUCCGCAUCCAGCCCGGGAACCCCAACUACACGCUCUCCUUGAAGUGCAGGGCUCCCGAGGUUACCCAGUACGUCUACCAAGUGUACGACUCUGUCUUGAAGAACUGAGGACCACCUUUUAACCCCCCCCCCCCCCCCCCCUACCACACACACACACACACACACACUCCACACCGCUCCCAGGCCCACCCCGACACUCCCUUACCCCUAGAGAGAGCGCUUACCCCCUCUGGCCGUCGCUAAAAACGUAAUUGCAAAACUGAAAGGAAACCGGGACCACAGUGAAAUGCUUGCAUCACGGGGACACCGUGAGGAGAGCAUGGGGGACCGUUUGAGUCCCAACAGCUAAUUAUCCUCUGGGUCUACUGGCAGAAAAACCUCUGCAACAAACAUUAACCGGUUGCACCAGGACUAACCAAAUUAACAAUUAGAUUCACUCUUCAAUCUCAGACUAGUCCUCCGCUACGCACCGAUGCAUAGGUGUGUCUUCGGGAAAGGAUAUUCGUAUCUCCACCCAUCGGUGGUACCCGCACACUGUUGGCGUUCCUUUUAGUUUUGAGCAAUUACUAGUUGUCCCCCAUCAGCGCGGAAGCACCCCGGUUCAGUCCGACCUUGUGAAAAUGUAGCCACUAUUCCAACUUAAACUUUGGUGUCUUAAAUGUUGUAAUCCGUGAUCUAUAGUGAAAUCCUGUCGGUAGCAAAACUAUAUAUCUAUUAUCUUUUUUCCACAAAGCCAUUGGUGUUUUUGUACUGUGAAGAUUGUUUUGCUUUUUAUUUUAAGUGACUUUUAGUGAUUACUAUGAACUGACCCCCCCCCCCACCCCAUGCAUUCCAUACCUAAUUUUCUGUUGUUCUCUUGACAUGCAACAGUGAGAGAGGAAGAGUCAGGUUGUCAUGGUGUUUUAAAGACUAGCAUUCUGUCAUUGGUUAUUGGACCACUGUAGAGCACCCCAAAUCAAAUAAGAUAGUGAUGUUUUUAUGAUAAGUGCCAAUUUCUUCUUAUUUUCCUUUGCACCAGUACACCACUAACUCUGUAAAAGCAUAUCUUUGAACAGUGGUAGUUAAGCUUUGUAAUUGUAUGACUGCAUUUCCAUUCUCCUUUUGCCCUGCAUCUACCUCUGCAUUAUGUUCAUUUCUUUGCCAAUUUUCAGGAUAAUAAUUCAACAAUUAAUGUAAUUGUUGUUGUUUUUAUUACUUGUGCAAUUGCUUUCUGCAGCAUUACCAAAAGCAAAGACCCGUAUAUCAUUCAAGUGAGUUAUAAUUAAAUGCCCCGUAUGCUUCACACACAUUGCUAUAAAGCAAUCCAAUAGGAUUUUUACGCAGAAAUACAAUUGCAUUUUCUUGAUGAGGAGCGACAUUGCCCUUUUCCUAUAUAGAAGCCGAUAACCUAAAUUGAAUUUGAUUGAAAGUAAAGCUGAUUUUAAAAUUAGUUUUUAAAUGUAUGUGCCAUGUUGGAAAUGAAACGGUUAAACUGAUAUGUUUGGUUGAUUUGCAGUUAAAAUUCAUUAAUGCAAUUUCAUAAUUGCAAUAUACUGUUGCUAUGUUCUGUGCGAGUAUUACAUGAACAUAGUUCAAUAAUGUUUUGAUGUUUGUUUUUUUCUCUUUUUAUUGCUUAAUUUAAAGAUGCUGUAGGUGAGAUUUAAGAGCGAUUAUUUUAGUUUAAUUAGUAAGAAAUGCCAUUGCCAUCCGUCAGCUAUUAAUGAGUGAAAUGCUCUGAAAAUAUAUUUUUGGGUGACUGCUUGCCUCCCUCGGUAUGAGGUCAUCUAGCUUUGACACUGCUCCUGACUAAUAUCUUACCAAUCAGGGCAUCUCUUCACUGAUUGGUUUGGGGAUCCAUCUUGUCUGUCAAUCACAGGUAUGUGAAUAUAACACUUCUCAAUGGUGGAGAAACGCAGGGAGGGGGGAUGUUAUUUUGGUUGUUUUAAAAGUCUUAAAAGUCUCUCUUUACAACUCUAAAAUCGUACCAACAGCAGCUUUAAGUCGGGUAAGCUCAUUCAUUACUGGGAUGAGGCUGUUUCUUUGCACUCAUCCAUUUUACAGUUGGAGUUUAUUAAAAGGACACCAGCAAUAUAGAAUAUCUAGAUUGAGCUAUCAUGACAGAUUGACAAAAUUGAGAAUUGCUAGCAAAGGUAUCAUGUAUCUGUUGUACUUUAACAAUAAAUAUAUUGCAAAUGAUGUUACUGUAACCCCUCCACAUACGAAUAAAAUACCCUAAUUAUUA